CCCGAGGAGGAAAGAAAGAAAGAAAAGGCCAGCAAGAUGUUGCCUUCCCUCCAGGAGUCCGUAGACGGGGACGACAGAGAGCUGGAGAGCAGCGAGGAAGGGAGCGGCCUGCCGGAGGAUCGGAAAUCGGAGCGCAGCAGCAACAGCUACUAUUGCCUGUACGGCUACCAAGGCUGCAGGUUGCACCAGGGUGUAGACAGUGAUGAUGGGAGCCCAAACAGCACAACAGCUGAAACUCCGUCUUCUGAUGAUUUUAGCCUCUCCUUGGUGGACACUAACUUACCGGCCGAAGCAGAGAUGGAACUGCGUAGCUUCGUUGCCAAACACCUUGCCAAGGGAGCCUUUUUUGAAGGAAUGGGCAAUGUUGCAUCUGUGGAGUUGAGUAUUCCAGAAAGCCAAGUUGGUUGUUACUACUGCCUCUUCCAGCCAGAAAAAUGUACAGAAAUGGCAAACGCAGAAUCGAGCAGCUGUCCUCUAGACUACGUGAUCUGUUUUUUGGGAGGCUCAGAGAAGGGACUUGAACUAUUCAGACUUGAGCUUGACAGAUAUGUUCAGGACCUGAAAAUUAACCUGGAUUUAGAGCAAGAUAAUCUGGAAACUUGUGUUAAGCCCCUCUUGGCAACUUGGAUUGAGGAUUCAAUCUGUCCUAUUCAGAGAGUGGUGAAACUCUUCCAGGAGAAACUUUCCUUUGUGUUACAUGCCGCUCUGAGUUGCACUCCCGUUGAAGUUAAAGCACCCGAUGAAAGGACAAAGAAGGAUAUUAACAGGUUCCUUAGAGCUGCAAGCCUUCAAGAUCUCGUCCGGGAAGCCACAAUGACUUCCUUGUGUAUGGCAAUGACCGAGGAACGACGCACGCCAGUGGUGAUUGACUGCAGUGGGCCACUGCCUCAGUUCCACAAUGCAGGUAGUGACAAAUUCUGUGAAUACUGGAUGCAAGCGUUUCUCAAUGGCUCUGAAGGGGGAAAUCCAUUUCUCUUCCGACAAAUACUGGAGAACUUUAAAUUGAAGGCCAUACAAGACAUCAACAACCUGAAGCGCUUCAUCAGGCAGGCAGAAAUGAACCAUUACGCUUUGUUCAAGUGCUACUUGUUUCUGAAGAACUGCGGAAGCGGAGACGUCCUCCUGAAGAUUGUGAAAGUGGAACACGCCGAAAUGCCGGAAGCCAAAAAUGUAAUAAAUGUCCUCGAGGAGUUCAUGAGAGAGCCGGUUUGUAACAUAAAUCCUUCUCCUGAACUCGGGGCUACUUGCACAUUGCAGAAUUAGUGUGCCUCUGGGAGAGAAGGAAAUGUUGCUUUUCAAAGAACCAGGUGCACGCCUUGCAGAGAGCUGCACUUGGUUCCGGUUCCUCGCAGCGUUUGAUCCAAGUGUUCAGGAAAAGGCACACUUCUCUCAGAUUUAAAGUGUAAACUGUGAGCAUAGACCAACAAACCAAGUUUGUAAUGAGCCUUAAAGUGGCCGGAAGGUGGAGAAAUAUUCUGAAUUCUCAUUUGUGAAAUAGAAC